CUUCACCCAACUCAAUACCCGUGGGAACACGCACGCUGGAACAAGACAUUUGAUCAUGCAGGCUUGCGAAGAGGUUUCCAGGUUUACCGUGAAGUCUGCGCCGCCUGCCAUUCGAUCAAGCGUGUCCCAUACCGAACACUAGUUGGCACAAUGUUGACAGUCGAUGAAGCCAAAGCGCUCGCCGAAGAAAAUGAAUACGAUACCGAACCCAACGACGAAGGAGAAAUCGAGAAACGACCCGGUAAAUUGUCAGACUACCUCCCAUCACCAUACAAGAAUGACGAAGCCGCUCGCGCUGCGAACAAUGGUGCUCUUCCUCCGGAUCUAUCUCUCAUGGUCAAGGCCCGACACGGUGGCUGCAACUACAUCUUCAGCUUGUUGACUGGAUAUCCGGAGGAUCCUCCUGCUGGUGCCACUGUGCAAUCCGGCUUGAACUUCAACCCUUACUUCCCCGGUACCGGUAUUGCCAUGGCUCGUGUUCUGUACGACGGUCUCGUUGAGUACGAAGAUGGCACGCCAGCCACCACGUCACAGAUGGCCAAGGAUGUUGUCGAAUUCCUCAACUGGACUGCCGAACCUGAAAUGGACGACCGAAAGAAAAUGGGUGUCAAGGUCAUCAUCAUUACUUCGUUGCUAUUGGCUCUGAGUGGCUGGAUGAAGCGUUACAAGUGGGCCCCCAUCAAGACACGAAAGAUCGUGUACAACCCUCCUCCGGAGACCAGAAUCAGGCGAUAA